CCUAAAUGCUGUACAAAUCAUCAAACCCAUGAGGAAGCUGACUUGGUCUCCAAUGAUAGGGCAGAGAGGCAGCAGGUGUUACUGAGCAGCUACCAGUUGUAGAAAGUUUACAUUACAAAUCAUAUUGGAGAAGUAAAGACAACUUUUACCUGCACAGCACUUUAUCUCUGUCUCACUUUGAUGCCACAGUCCUUUCAACCAUGUAUAAGAAAUCUGCCGAAGUGGCCAUGAUAUCCAGAGGAAACUGCUUCCUUGAGAAGGAAUCACAGGACAUGUUACCAUCAAAAAAGGACAAAGAACAGGACAAGACAGGAAAGGUGGUGCUGAAAAAAAAGGUGACCUUGCUACGAGGAAUCUCUUUAAUAAUCGGAACUAUCAUAGGAGCUGGGAUUUUUAUCUCCCCUAAAGGAAUCCUACAGCACACCGGCAGCAUUGGAAUGUCCUUAACGGUUUGGACUGCGUGUGGCAUUCUUUCUCUUUUUGGAGCUCUUUGCUAUGCAGAACUUGGAACGUGCAUAAAAAAAUCUGGUGGUCACUACACUUAUAUCUUAGAAGCUUUUGGCCCAUUACCUGCAUUUGUGAGAGUAUGGGUAGAACUGCUUGUAAUUCGGCCAGCUGCUACAGCGGUGAUAUCCCUAGCUUUUGGACGCUAUAUCCUCGAGCCCUUCUUUAUACAAUGCGAAAUACCAGACCUUGCCGUGAAAUUAGUCACAGCUCUUGGAAUAACCAUUAUAAUGGUCCUGAACAGUAUAAGUGUUAGCUGGAGUGCUCGCAUACAGAUUUUCUUGACCUUUUGCAAGCUUGUAGCAAUUCUGAUAAUUAUAGUCCCUGGGGUUAUGCAGUUAAUUAAAGGAGAGACGCAGAACUUCAAGGAUGCCUUUGUUGGGAAAGAUGUCAGUGUUAUGGGGUUACCCUUAGCGUUUUAUUCUGGAAUGUAUGCAUACGCUGGCUGGUUUUACCUUAAUUUUGUUACAGAAGAAGUAGAGAAUCCUGAAAAAAACAUACCUCUUGCAAUAUGUAUAUCAAUGGUGAUUGUAACAGUUGGAUACGUCUUAACCAAUGUGGCCUAUUAUACAACCAUUUCUGCAGAAGAGAUGAUCCUCUCCAAUGCAGUUGCAGUGACCUUUGCAGAACGUCUCUUGGGAAAUUUCUCUCUGGCUGUACCCAUUUUUGUUGCCUUAUCAUGUUUUGGCUCAAUGAAUGGGGGAGUUUUUGCUGUGUCAAGGAUGUUCUAUGUUGCCUCCCGAGAAGGUCACCUUCCCGAGAUCCUUUCUAUGAUUCAUGUACACAAGCAUACUCCUUUACCAGCUGUCAUUGUUUUGUAUCCACUAACAAUGGUAAUGCUGUUCAGCGGGGAUAUCUACAGCCUCCUAAAUUUCCUCAGCUUCGCUCGGUGGCUUUUCAUUGGCCUGGCUGUUGUUGGACUCAUUUAUCUACGGUACAAACGACCUGAGAUGCAUCGUCCUUUCAAGGUGCCAAUUUUUAUACCAGCAUUAUUUUCCUUCACCUGUUUGUUUAUGGUGACUUUAUCACUAUACUCAGAUCCCAUAAACACAGGGAUCGGCUUUGCAAUUACCCUGACUGGUGUUCCUGCUUACUAUCUUUUUGUCAUCUGGGAUAAGAAACCAAAUUGGUUCCAAAAGUUUUCAGAUAGGGUCACCAUGAUGCUGCAGAUACUGCUGAAGGUUGUGCCAGCUGAAGAGAAUGUAUCCUGAACAAAAACUAUGCAGGAAGACAUUAUGCAUAAUUUUACAAGUUGUAUUCAUUGUGCCUUAAUAUUAGGUCGAAUGAUAUACUAGGACUAGUCACUGUUUCCAUAGUGUAUAAUAUUUUAGUUUAUUGGUAAGGAUGACCGAGCUGCUAUAUUGUUUAGUUUUUGUUUUUUUAUGCCACUGUACUUUUAUAUUAAAUUAUUAAAAUCUACUAACACGCAUUAGCAUAUUGUAGAAUCAUGAUAUGAAUAUUGUUACAUUUUACACAUUCUUUGCAAGUCAAUAUGUCCCCCAUUUCUGCACACAUAAUAAGAACAAAUGGUUGUUUCAUGUUUCCAGCUUAAUGGAGGACUGCAGCCAUAGACAUUUUAUCCCCUUAUCUGAUCGCAGGGGUCCGACUGCUGAGACCCCCUCAUGAACUCCUGUAGGUGGACCCGUCCAUGAUCUCCUGUAGGUGGACCCGUCACUGCCGCAGCUCUGCGGAUAGGGGAUAAGUUGUAUAAAGUCUGCAGUAUUCCUUUAAGGGAAGUGGUAUUGUGCACCUGUCACUGACAUCCUUUACCUUUCCAUUGUGUUUUUUUUAUUUUUAUUUUAUUUGACAAGCAACUUUUUGGCAUUUAAACUUGAUGCAGGAAUCAUGGCAUAUAAAUGUGGUAGAAACAGUGAAAUAACA